AUGGAUAUACACAUUUCAACUAUCGUGGCAUCUUAUGUUAACAACACGUACGGAGCGAUAACCACAUCUUCACCAAUAUAUCCAUUCAUCGAAUACUACGAAUUAUCCUACAGAAUUAUCGGAACGAUAAUAAUGUCAAUAAUAUUUGCAGUUGGAUUCAUUGGUAACAUCAUGGUGGUUAUUGUGGUGCUCCGCAGUAAAAGCAUGCAUUCUUCUACAAAUUGUUAUUUGGUUUCGCUUGCGGUCGCGGAUUUACUUCUUCUUCUGUCGGCAACUUUACCAACAAUAAUAGAAUUCCAUUUAAUCGUCGACGAGUUUGCGGCUGGUACCUCUGCCUGUUCCAUCAUGGUUUUUGUUCAAUACUUAGGAUUUAAUUUGAGCUCGUUGUCUAUUACUGCAUUGACCGCUGAACGAUACAUCGCCAUCUGUAAACCAAUGAAAGCUCAAUUUAUAUGUUCAGUUGGAAGGGCAAAAAAAAUUAUUGCGGCACUCUGGCUGUUUGGCCUCUGCUACAGUGCUCCGUGGCUAGGGUUAAGUCACACUCGUGCUAAAACGAAUUCACAUUUAGAAGAAUGUACGUUCAGACUGGAAAGGAAAUAUUAUUUGGUUUAUUAUUUAACAGAUUUGGUUGUCAUGUAUUUAAUACCAGUUCUCGCCAAUAUAAUUUUGUACGCACUGAUUUCGAGAUCUCUCUAUCGAAGCAACCCAAUCUCUGCUGCUUUCAACGUUAAAUCCAGAUUCAUUAGCAAGUCAUCAUCGACCAACAGCAGCCAUUUUGGUUACGGAGCGACUCUGCAAUCCAGAAUGCAGGUCAUCAUAAAGAUGCUGGUGAUAGUGGUCGGACUGUUCGCCGUACUCUGGCUUCCGUACCGCCUGUACGUCGUGUACAAUUCCUUCCUUGAGAAGAGGCUGGAGGACAUUUGGUUGAUGUUGAUCUGCAGGACCAUGGUGCACGCCAACAGCGCCAUCAACCCUAUCUUGUACAACGCCAUGUCCAUUAAAUUCAAGAGAGCUUUCAAAAAGUUGUGCUCCUGUCAGAAUAAAAGAUGA